ACAUAAACCAGUUGGUGCAGGCGCGUCAACGGGAUCCUGAUCCUGUUAGCAGCGUGCAUAAGAAAUGGGACGAUCAUUCUUGCAUUUGGGCCGCAAACGAAAUUAUUUCAGUUUUAUCGUCUCCUCUUUUGUUUUUUCCCCGUUGGCAAAUAAUGUCUUCAAUGUCCUCCCCCUCGACCUCGUCCUUGCGCAGCAGUCCCCCAGUGAUGGUAGCGAGCCGAUGCGCCAACAGCUUUUCGCGGAGUUGCAAGCUCUGCACCAGCAAAGUUUUCAGAAGACGGUCGGAGCUUCGGACAGCGAGCAACUUUACCGAUUCGCAUGGGCACAGACCACGACUACGGAGAGGGAGACGGCUGCAUCAAGCAAAACCGAUUCCCGGUGUGAGCAGCUGCACGAACACAUACUAGCGGAGCUCGCGACGACGGAGGGCAUUGUCUUCGAGCACCAAGAGCUCGAGGUCAAGGGCUUCGAGACUGUGGCCUGGCUCAUGGAAAUGAGCUCAGACGUCGACAGCGAGCCCCCCGGAGCGCCGCCAAGAAUGGCAGUCGAAGUACCGGCAAGCUUAACCGGGAGCGUUUCUACUUCUGCGGAUGAAGGCGAGCAGGCCACAGAAGACGAAAUCCCAAGAACAUCAGCAGCUCCUGCUGCGUCCUCUUCCGGAUCUCCGUCCAGGCUCGCGAUGGUAAAGCCGGACUACAGCAUUCUGUUCGGCCCGAUUAAGGCCAUGAUGGAGCAGCUGAGCGGUUUUCUCAGCAGGGUCACUUACUUCCUGAUGAUCUUCAAACACUGCUUCGCUUCCUCCGUCCGCAAUCUGUUGCAUUCUGUGUUCCGCUACUGGCGCACCGGCUGGAUGAGUUUUCUGGACCUGCAAUUUUGGAUGGCGGACCUUGGCAUGUACUCGAACAGUAACAGUCCGAAGAAGCAUUUUUCUGCCGUGCUAAAGGUCGUGGAGUCCAGCCGCAAAGUGGUGGAGGAGCUCAUCACGAAGUUGCAGCCCGCCCUCAUCGACAGCCGCCACCACUGGGGCCACGACGCGGAGAAGGGUAUGUUCACGAACACCACGCUUCUGUACCGAGAUCUGUUCCCGGAGACCGCACUGAUAGACAAAGGCGUGUUGCGGGUCGUUCUCCAGGAGCUCGGGGUCGCCUUCGUGCAAGACACGGUCCGGCAAACAACGGAGGCUGGGGAAGACAUUUUUGACGAACAAAGCGAUUCCGACAGUGAUUAUAGCACCAAGGUUCGAAUUUUUGACUUUGGGGCCAUGGAUGGCGGGUACAGUCGGUGGCUGAACGAUACCGGAAUUUUCGUCGCGCACGCGGUCGAGGGCUCGCCGAAUGUGAACGAAAUUUCCGGAGGUACCGUACACGCGGCAGACCUCACGCAGGACUUGCGGAAGCAGCUUCCCGGUUGGCUUGCGGAGGAAGACGGUCUUUUAGCUGCCGAACGGACCUCCACUCCUGUGUCUUCUACUUCGAAGCAAUUCGUGCUCUGUAUCGAGGUUGCCGAGCACAUCCCGCCAGGUGAGCGCGAGGCCGAGUUUCUGGCAAACCUGAACAACUUCGCAAAGGAUGGGCUGAUCAUUUCGUGGGCGCCUCCGCACAUUCUCGGCGAGGGGCACGUCAACACGUUACCGCCAGCAGAAUCAAGGAGAAGACUCGAAGCCCUGGGCCUCAAGCUUGACGAGAGGAUAACGCGGAGGCUUCGUGCGAAAAGCGAACUUUCCUGGGUUCGGGAAAGCAUCGCGUUUUAUAGGCGCGAGUAGUAGUGUCAGCGGUCCUAGUCUUGUUGGAACAAAUCACUGACGCGAAAGAACAUCUAUAGCAGCUGCUUGCGUACACGUGCAUGAACUUUCUGAAAGUUGUUCCAUUUUUAUGAUGAUAUGUUCUUACGCUAUCGGUUUCGAUGGUGACGGACGACUACGACACCCCAGAGAGUCG